AUGAAAGACGAUUCUAAAGAACUAAAAUAUGCUCAAAGAGUACAAAUCCACAACUAUUACCAGUCAUUAAAACAGUUCUUUGAGAUAACUGGAGGGAGCCGUGAUAGGUCAAUGACCUCAAGAGCUCAAAAAGCUCGUUCAAAGCUACUGAAACUUUCCGCCCCUCAAUUCUUUGAGUUGAGCACAGAUGUAAAUGAUGAGCUGCAGCGGCGGAUAGAUGAAUCUCAGUUACAACAUGAAUUUCUAGCUCCAAACGAAAGUUUCCACGCUAAAAGAAAUCAGGCUAGACAAAAAUUAGCGAACCUAUCAAACGUAAGGUUUAAUGACUUAGUAGAUGAUAUCCUAUUCGAAAUUAGAAGACGUGGUUUCAGCACUUUACCUGCUCCAGAAGAGGUAGACAACGAAAAAUCGCCGAAUUUGGACAAUGGUUCCCUACCUGUUGAUAAGGCAGAACAACCAACACCAGCCUUGGAUGUCUUAGAUAUCAAAAACUCUCCCAUGCUUCCAUCUAACGAUGAGCAUAAGGAAAAGAAAGAAAAGCCGACAGAUGAGGACACUUCUCCGUUGAACACGACCUUACAAACAUCAACUGUUAUUCCAAAGACCGCAUCAAUUGAUUGGAGUUCGGAUGAGGAAGAACCAAAGGAAGAAAAUGAAACAGAAUCUUUAGAACCUAUAGAACCAUUGGAACCAUUCAAACAGAAAGAGGCAAAGGAAACUGAUGUGUCGGAAGAGUUAAACGAGAAAAAAGAAUAUCCGGCACAAGAAGAUGUAAGCCCUUCAAAUAAUGUGAUAACUCUAGAUGAUGUUUCUUCUCUGAAUCAAUCUCCGAACCUUGAAAAGGGUUACACUAGAAACCCUACAGAGCAGUCUAAUAUUUCCGCACCAUCUCCUGUAGGAAAUAAAAGCAUUAAUUCCUUGGAUAAUCCUUUAACAUUUUCAGACAGACCUUUAUCCCAAUCUAGUGCUACAAUGACCCCCAUCAUACAGACAGCUGCUACUACAGCUGCAGCAACUGGGUUUGGUUUAUCUCCUGUGGAAAAUAAAUCCAAAAGAAUGGGUUCUUUAUCUCAGUCUGUGGAGCGUAAUAAAGACCGCGACAUAGAGCUCCUGCUUUCCGAAGGUAAUAAACUGGAUAACGUUAUUACAAAUCUAGAAAAGGAGAAGCUUCAACUACUAGAAAGAAUAAAGGAAUUAGAAAGUAAUAACGAAGAAUUAAAGGCCAAGAAUGAUUCAUUAUGCGAAGAAGUCGAUGAAUUGAAACAACGUUCAAACGAACCUAGUGCCACGAAAGCCUUGGACAAUAAUUUCCAAAAGGGAAUGUCCGAAUUGACCUCCCACUUGAACCAACUGUCUGUUGAAAAUGAGGAACUAAAACAGCAAAAAGUUGAACUUCAAUUGUUAUUAAAAAAUGUAAGUUCUCCUUCGAAGCAUAACGGUUCGCUCAUUGAUAAAGAGUCUACUUGGAACUCUAAACGCGAUGAUUCUUCACAAAGCAGAUCAUCUAGAGUUGCUACUAAUAAACUGGCACCAAUAGCAAAUAAGGAACUUUUCCCUGAGAACAGUAUUAUUCCAUCCAAUCUCAUUGAUGAUCUAGACUCACAAAUAGCUAAUAUUUUGAAUUUAGUGCUGUCUCCACAAGCCUCAGUGUUGCCGUUGUUCCAGGGUAUUGCCUCCAUUUCUGACUAUUGCUCUAAGAUCCUUACUCUCGUCAAUUCUUCAGACACCAAAUCCGUGUGUCUUGUAUUGGAGAAUACUAUCUCACAUGCAAUUACAUCCGUUCGUUACUAUUGUAGUUACAAGACACCACUUCUAAAAGUUAUCCUAGAGAACUCCAUAGCGGAAAUUUCCUAUGCAAUCUAUGACUUGAUAAAAACUGUGAACUUGAACUCUAACAAGCAGGAGGUAUAUGAAACUCCAAAACUUUCAGAUGAGCUAGAAGAUUCUGUUGUGUAUUCCAACCAAAAUACACCAAUGCAGAAAAAUCUCCCACAAGCAGAAGACCUUGAUUAUGGUCUUGACAAACCUACUUUCUCUUCUGCAGCAGAAGGUGUAGAAAUGUCACCAGUAAAACCUUUAAAGAUUACUCAGAAGAGAAGCUCACAAGAAGCUCCAACCAGACCAGUUACCAGUAGAAAACCUUCUGGUCCUGGACUAUUCACUGCGAUGCUUAAUGGCGGUCUGAAGAAAGAUAUAACUCCGAAGAGCUCUAGAAACCCACUACACCUGGAAUUGCAACUUGAUGGAAGCCCCAAGGAAAAACCCCAAGUCCCUGUGAUAGAAACUAGGGGUAUCAAACGGAUAGAUAUUAAUCAGCCAAGUCCGACUCCCGAGAGAUCGUCUAAUCAGUCUAACCUGAAUGACAGUAAAUUAAAAGUUACCUCCGAGAAGACCGCUACCCCUCUUCCAGUCGAUCACAAAGAAUCAAUCUCUGUUGUGCAACAACCUGUAACAUCGGAAAAGAAAGAUAAAAUUACUAAACCAGUUCCUUCUGUAGAAAGAUCCGCCAAUAAGUCCAGUCCAAAUGACACACAGUCAAAACCAGUUAAACAGAACUCUUCAACAGUAUCUUCACAUGAAACGAAAAGCACAACUUCUUCAGAUGAAAAGGGUUCCCCAGUCACCCCAAUCAUUGCAAAUUCAGACAAUGUUGUGCCUGUAACCAGAAAUCUAAAUGUAACAAAAUCUUCAAAUACAGAGAGAAGUCCUCGUCUUCAGAACAUAAACUCUGACAUGUAUAAUAGCAAUGAUGAAGAAACUGGCGGAGAAAGCAUAGAUGAUGAUGACACUAAUGCAACAUAUGAAGCGCUGAGGAAAACUAUGAAACUAAAACAUUCACAACCUGAAGAGCAGGGAAAAGAUUCUAAAAAGGAUAUAUUUUCACCUGUUAUUCAUCCCCAGCCGAUAGAGGUUACCAUGAGUGAUGAUGAUUUGAAUGAGAAGCCAUUCAACUUUGAAACCGAUUCCAUCGAAAAACCAGAUUCUGCUUCAAUCCCAUCGUCCACAAGUAAUGAAAAGGCUGAUAAUCAUAUUCCUAAACCUGUUUCAACACCAGUUCAGAAAUCGCCUGUUGCUUCACUAUCACCUGCUCAAUUAGUAGUAUCGCCAUUGAAACCUGUAGCAAGAGAUUCUAUAAUAUUUGAGAAUGCUAAAGCUAAUGAUGUGAAGAGAGGUAUUGAUAUGGAAAAGGCUUCAGCACCUCCUUCUUCUAUUGCAGAGACUAUCGAAAAUAGUGAAUCAGAAGAAGAGAUUGAAUUUGACGUUGAUGCAUUUGACAUUGAAAACCCAGAUAACAGCCUUGCUGACUUGCUUUUAUAUUUAGAGUAUCAAACAAUGGAUGUCAUCAAUACUAUCCAAUCUCUUUUGAGCAGUAUCAAACAACCGAACUCAACAGCGGGGGAAUUAAGAACAGAAUCAAAUGCUAUUAACCAAGUGAUCAGACAGAUGGUAGAAGCUACUAGUGUUUCCAUGAAUCAGAGUCGUAAUUCUCAUCUAAAAGAACAUGGGUCUUGGGUUGUUCAAAGUUUAGAUGAUUGCCGCCGUAGAAUGACAGUACUGUGUCAUUUAAAGCCUGACGGUGAAAUCAAAUCUUAUGAGGGUGAUGAGGAGUUUGCUGAUAAACAUUUCAAACAACGUCUUGCAGGAAUUGCAUUUGAUGUUGCAAAGUGUACUAAGGAGUUAGUGAAAACUGUUGAAGAAGCCAGUCUUAAGACGAAUAUCGAUUACUUGAAUGCUAAAUUAUCCAAGGAAUAA